GCUUAGCUUGAUUUGCCAGUUUGCCACAUUCCUCCACCUCUCCUCAUCAUCAUUCAUCAUUCAUCAUUCAUCAUAUUAUUUCCCUCUUUCUCUCUCCUCAGUCAGUCCCCUCUCUUUCUCUUGUAAGUUGUAAAAACGCUCCUGGAUGAAGCAACAACAUACUGAUUAGUGAUUACUGACCCAGCUCUGCAUUUUCUUUUUUGCUAACUGCAAUUACCAAUUUCAUCUUUCCUGCUCCCUUCAUACUUUGCUUGCUGCUGCUGCCAAUAAUGUAUUCCUUUCUUCUUCUUUUUUUCUGACAAUGGAAAACAAAACAAGGCCAACUAACUAAAUCAUCCUUUUAAUUGCAUAUCGCUGUCCUCUUACCCGGCCUCAAAGUUAGAUGUUGGUUACAUUGAGAGAUCCAUGAGUCAUAAACUUCUGAUGAAAUAUGAUCAACAGGAGAAGCUAGAAAUGCUGAGGAGUAAAUCAAUGGAAUCACAUAAACCAACCUCAGGUCGCCGGCUUUCGAGGCGAGAGAGGAAAUUGGCUUUACUUCAAGAUGUUGAUAGAUUGAAGAAGAAGCUUAGACAUGAGGAGAAUGUUCAUAGAGCUCUUGAACGGGCAUUUACUAGGCCUCUAGGGACUCUUCCUCGUCUUCCGGCAUACCUCCCUCCUUAUACACUCGAGCUUUUAGCUGAAGUAGCAGUUUUAGAAGAAGAGGUUGUUAGGCUGGAAGAACAAAUUGUACAUUUCAGGAAAGGUUUGUAUGAAGAAGCUGUGAAUAUUUCGUCCUCCAAGAAAAAUAUGGAAAGCACAAAUGAUUUGAAUGAGUCCUGUCCUAAUGAUUCGAAUGAUGAACCAAGGAAUAUAGUUCAAGCUGAAAACAGCUGUACCGAUUCUUCAAAGUCUCUAAUUGAGGAUGGAAGAGACAAAGAAAAUAGAUCGUGUACUAGUUCCACAAGAAACAAGCUGAAAUCACCAAAUCAGAAGUCACAAAAUGGGAGAACUCCCACUAAAAGACUUUCAUUUGAGAAGAAAACACCAGAGAAGCUCUCAGAUGCUCAGAAAUCACAGCUCCAAUGCAGAAAUGACAGCCAAGAUAAUGCAGAACUUAGGUCACCUGUUGUUGAAGAUGAUAGAAAGUUGGGAGAUGAGAAUCCAAAUGCAAUAUCUGAGAAUAUCCUGAAGUGUUUAUUGAGCAUUUUCUCAAGAAUGACCAUAUCAAAGAACAAGUUGAGUAUGGAAAAGUUUCCUCCAUCUGCUACAUUCUCUUCUGCAGAAUAUGGAGGAAGCACUGAGCUUCAGGAUCCAUAUGAUAUAUGGCCUAGAUAUGGAAGAAGAGAUAUUGGUCCGUACAAGAAUCUGUUUUCCGUUGAUGCCCGUUCACUUAAUGCAAAUAAAACAGCAAAUUCUGUCUUCUUAAUUCGUAGACUACGAGUACUUAUCGCAAAACUGGCCACUGUCAAACUGCAAAGGCUCACACACCAAGAAAAACUUGCUUUUUGGAUAAAUGUCUACAAUUCAUGCAUGAUGAAUGCAUAUCUCGAACAUGGAAUACCAGAAAGUUCGGUGACUGUAGUUGCAUUGAUGCAGAAGGCAACAAUAAAUGUGGGGGGACACCAGCUGAAUGCUAUAACAAUUGAACAUUUCGUUUUGCGAUUACCUUACCACUCUAAAUAUACUUUAUCGGAAGGAUCAAAAAAAGAUGAGAUGCUGAUGGUUGCACGAAGCACCUUUGGUUUGGAGUUAUCUGAACCUUUGAUUACAUUUGCACUCUCCUGUGGAAGCUGGUCCUCUCCUGCUGUGAGAAUUUACACAGCUGCUCAAGUUGAAAUUGAGCUAGAAGUUGCGAAAAGAGAAUACUUACAGGCGACAGUUGGUAUAUCAAGAAAUAAAGAACUAAUUAUCCCAAAACUUGUACAAUGGUACCUACUUGACUUUGCCAAAGACUUGGAAUCAUUGCUGGAUUGGAUUUGUCUUCAACUCCCCACAGUUCUUAGAAAAGACGCAAUCAAGUGUCUCGAGAGAGCUAAGAAUGAGCCUCUUUCUAAAAUUGUCCAGAUUAGGCCCUAUGAUUUCAGUUUCAGGUAUCUGCUGCACAGAUGAUAUAAUUCCCUUAUUUGAUCAUUUUUUUAUUAUUAGGUUUUGGUCAGUUUACGAGUGUAGUAUUUUAGUGUGUAUACAUCUAGAUUGCAUAUAACUUACAUUAUGAAAUAAUUGUAAAACCGUUCUUCCCCCUCCAAUAUCUGUUCAACUUUACAGGGUUUCUUUUACUCUUCA